AUGGCCCCCAGCACCGUGGCCGUGGAGCUGCUCAGCCCCAAGGAGAAAAACCGACUGCGCAAGCCGGUGGUGGAGAAGAUGCGCCGAGACCGCAUCAACAGCAGUAUCGAGCAGCUGAAGCUGUUGCUGGAGCAGGAGUUCGCGCGGCACCAGCCCAACUCUAAGCUCGAGAAGGCUGACAUCCUGGAGAUGGCCGUCAGCUACCUGAAGCACAGCAAAGCCUUUGCCGCCGCCGCCGUUGGCCCCAAGAGCCUGCACCAAGACUACAGCGAGGGCUACUCGUGGUGCCUGCAGGAGGCCGUGCAGUUCCUGACGCUGCACGCGGCCAGCGACACGCACAUGAAGUUACUCUACCACUUCCAGCGGCCCCCUGCUGGGCCAGUCGCGCCAAAGGAAGCCCCUGCGAACAGCGCGGCUGCCCCGCUAGCGCUUACCUCCGCCAAAGCCGCCACCCCACGACAACCUGCCAGCGGCCUCUGGCGGCCCUGGUGA